AUGUCGAAGCAAACGAGUGGUGUCAGCCAUGAUCAUAUUCUGAUUACGGGGGUCACGGGCUAUAUUGGAUUCAAAACACUCACCACUGCCCUGGAAAGAGGCUUUCGUGUUCGUGCUGUUGUUCGGUCCGAAAGCAAUGUGAUAGAUUUGACAAACAAAAUUGGAGACCGGACACAACUGGAAUUCAUUGUGAUUCCGGAUUUUUCCAGCAAGGAUGCAUUUUUCAACGCUCUUGAUGGGAUAGAUGUGGUUAUUCAUAUAGCAUCCCCCUUGGCUAAAGAGGUGGACGAUUAUGAUGCUGGCAUUAUCCAGCCGACUAUUGCUAUGGUUACGACUGUUUUAGAAGCGGCCAAUCGUGUGGCAUCGGUUCGACGCGUCAUCUUGACUUCCUCAUGCGUAACCCUCAUUCCAUUCGACUGGAACAUGAAGCCUGACAGUGAGCGUCUAUAUUCAGUGACCGAUAUCAACACCAGUGUCAUCGGCCCCUUCUCAAGUGCAAUGGGGGCUUACUGGGCCUCCAAGGCUCUAUCCCGGGCUGCGACAACUGAGUUUGUUCUCAGAGAGCGUCCUCAUUUCGAUUUUGUCAAUCUAUUGCCAUCCGUGGUAGUUGGGCCAGAUGAUCGCCUUGAUGCAGACUCCAAUGCAACCAUCGACAAUCUACUUGAGGGGACUAAAGCAGCCGUUCUUGCUCCCGCACUGGAUUCUACAUUGAAUUCCACAUUUCCUUACGUUGGAACACCAGUCCAUGUUUCAGAUGUGGCACGGGCUCAUGUGGACGCCAUAGACGCUGGUCUGGUUCCUGGAAACUCUGAAUUUAUUUUGUCUUCCAAUACCCCAAAUGGAGUCAAUUGGGAUACAGACGUGCGUGCCACUUGCAGAAAAUAUUUCCAAGAAGAGGUCAACAGCAAGAUUCUGCCAUUGGAGGGUUCAUUGACCACAAUCAAGUGGAGGCUCGACGCUCAAAGAACGGAAGAAGUAUUUGGGUGGAGAUUUACCAACUUUGGGGAAACUAUGCGAGGUUUGAUUUCUCAAUAUUUGAAGCUGAAGAUCAAAUAG